UCAGAUGAGGAGGAGAGAGAGAGAGAGAGAGAGAGAGAGGGGGGGAAGAAAAGCCGUUUCAGUUUGGGAACAGAGGUAAGCCUUCGACUCCAUUUUCAAUUUCCCAAUUUCUUCAUUCAUUAAAUCUCAUUUUCUCAUCGUGGUUAUGUUAAAUUUCCUCAUAUUUCAACUCUUAAACUUGUAAAAAAUUCCAGCUUCCCAACAAAUUUUAGGCUGAAAUGGAAGCAUCUAUGUCUUCCCUUUUGCCUCAAAGAUGCUACCCAUCUCUAAAUUCCCCUCUCAAACCCAUCAAAAUCUAUUCCAACACAAAACCCACAUCUGGGUUUUGCAACCCUAAGCUUGAGCUCACUUUUCAAAGUAGGAGAGUAUACACGUGUGGGGUUGGUAGCUCUUCUGUUGAUUUGAAGGCAGAAGAAAGCCCAAAAGAGGAAGAGGACCCAACAUGGAAAUUACAGUUCUUGGGAGAGAUUAAAACUUCGACUGAGCCAAAGAAAAAACCGAAAGGAGCCUCGAGAUUGCUUAAAGAGACUGAUAGUAUGGAUUGGUGUGUGAGAGCUAGGAGAGUUGCAUUGAAAAGUAUUGAAGGGAGGGGCUUAACUCAUACUAUUGAAAAAAUGUUGUCAUCAAAGAAGAAGAAGAAGAAGAAGAGUAAGAAGAUCAAUGUGAGCAAAAAAGAGAAGGUUAGCAAGAAAAAGAAGAACUCUGAAGAAUCCGAUUAUGAAUUCGAAGAAGAUAUAGAUUUAGAUGAACUUGAUUUAGACUUGGAGAUUAAUACUACCACCGACAUUAGAAAAACCGUGAGUAUGAUAGGAAAUGGAAUGUUCGAAGAGCAAAAGGAGAAAUCACGAGAGGCCUUCAUUCAAAAAUUAUCUCAAUUUUCGGGACCUUCAGACAGGAAGAAAGAGAUAACUUUGAACAAAGCGAUUGUUGAUUCACAAACUGCUGAAGAGGUUUUGGACGUAGCAUCAGAGACUAUAUCGGCUGUAGCUAAAGGGUUGAGCCCUUCACCUCUCUCUCCUAUAAAUAUUGCCACGGCUCUCCAUCGAAUAGCCAAGAACAUGGAAAAGGUUUCUAUGAUGAAAACACGGAGAAUGGCAUUUGCCCGUCAAAGAGAAAUGUCUAUGUUAGUGGGGAUUGCGAUGGCCUCGUUGCCCGAGUGCUCAGCUCAAGGGGUAUCAAAUAUAGCCUGGGCCUUAUCAAAGAUUGGCGGGGAAUUGCUAUACUUAUCUGAGAUGGAUCGAAUUGCUGAGGUGGCAGUAGAUAAAGUAUCAGAAUUCAAUGCUCAAAAUGUUGCUAAUAUUGCUGGUGCUUUUGCUUCAAUGCAGCAUUCAGCACCAGAGCUCUUCUCCAAAUUAUCGAGAAGAGCAGCUGAGUUAGUUCACAGUUUUCAGGAGCAAGAACUUGCUCAGUUUUUGUGGGCAUUUGCUUCACUGAGUGAAUGUGCAGAUCCUCUGCUUGAUGCACUAGAUUCCGCUUUUAAGGAUUCUGGCAAUCUCAAAUGUUGUACAGAAUCUGAGGCUAGUGUGGAUGUUGGAAAUUUUGAAGAUUCCCCUGUGCUUACGUUUAACAGGGAUCAGCUCGGGAAUAUUGCUUGGUCUUAUGCUGUUCUUGGACGAUUAGAUCGUAAUUUCUUUUCCCAUGUUUGGACUGCAUUAAGCCAGUUUGAGGAGCGAAGGAUUUCUGAGCAGUAUAGAGAAGAUAUCAUGUUUUCUUCGCAAGUUCAUCUAGCUAACCAGUGCUUGAAGCUUGAGUAUCCUCAUCUUGGUUUAUCACUGAGGAGAGAACUAGAAGAUAAAAUAUUUCGUGCUGGAAAUACUAAGAGGUUCAAUCAAAAAACAACUUCUUCGUUCCAAAAAGAGGUAGCUCGGCUUCUAGUUAGCACGGGGCUUGAGUGGGUAAGAGAGCAUGUGGUGGAUGGAUACACUUUGGAUGCAGUGGUGAUUGAUAAAAAACUCGCUUUUGAGAUUGAUGGACCAACUCAUUUCUCAAGGAAUUUGGGAACUCCCUUAGGUCAUACUAUGCUGAAACGACGGUACAUUGCUGCUGCAGGUUGGAAACUGGUGUCUCUCUCUCAUCAGGAGUGGGAAGAGCUUCAGGGUGAAUUUGAGCAGUUGGAGUACUUGAGGAGAAUCCUCGACAUCGAACCUAGUCACGAUCUAGAUGAGCAGACAGCACAAGUGGCAGCCAGAGAACAAUAGAUUAAAAAAAAAUCAUGGUCAAGGAGCAAAUGCUCACUGAUUUUUCCUUAAUUGUGAAAAGGGAAGGAUUGCAAUUGUUACUCUACUUUUUUUUCAAGAUAUGAAAAAGUGUUAUUCUGUCCUUUCUUCAAGAUAUGACUGUUUCAAUCGAUUAGUUCUUGAUGGAAUGUUUACA